AUGCAAAUGUCAUUGCCUUGCGUAAAACAACCCGAUGUCAUCACCUGCGAAGAAAUUGUAAAAGCUGCGGUGGCAUGGGGAGCUGGAAAGCCUUUGGUGAUAGAGGAAGUGAAUGUGAAUCCACCACAGGCAAUGGAGAUAAGGAUCAAAGUCGUCUGUACCUCUCUCUUUCGCAGCGACAUCACUGCCUGGGAGUCUCUGGCUAUUCAUGAGAAUACUUUUUCCUUCCUACUGAGGUGUCACACUCACCAUUUUCUCCUAUUAUCUUUGCAACAUUCAAUGAUUAUAGUUAACAACAAUUUAAUAUGGUACUCCCCGGUGAUUACCUUCAUCCACACUGGUGAAGAGCCAAGCAUUGUUCUAGCACCAAAACUUAUUUCCUUAGGUUUGAAGAUUGUCGAGAGUGUUGGGCAGGGAAUUACUGAGUUUACUGAAGGGGACCAUGUGCUAACAGUCUUCAUUGGAGUGUGCGGGAAAUGCAGGCAAUGCACAUCAGGUAAAAGCAACAUAUGUGUAGUACUGGGGCUGGAAAGGAGAGGUGUAAUGCACUGUGAUCAGAGGACGCGCUUCUCCAUAAAUGGGGAGCCCAUUUAUCAUUAUUGUGCAGUUUCAAGUUUCAGUGAAUAUACUGUGGUGCACUCGGGAUGUGCUGUCAAAAUCAGCUCAGUUGUGCCUCUGGAGAAAGUUAUUAAGAAUCUGACAGGUGGAGGGGCUGAUUAUUACUCAUUUGAAUGUAUAGGUGACACUGGAAUGGUAACUACUGCUUUGCAGGGAUGGGGGUUGACAGUUACACUUGGUGUGCCAAAAGUGAAGCCGGAGGUAACAGCUCAUUAUGGAAUAUUUCUUACUGGAAGAACGUUGAAGGGAUCUCUAUUUGGAGGAUGGAAACCUAAAUCUGAUCUCCCUUCAUUAGUAGAUAUGUACACAAAAAAGGAAAUCCAAGUCGAGGAGUACAUAACGCAUAACCUGCCAUUUGAAGAUGUCAACAAAGCUUUCAAUCUCAUGAGAGAAGGGAAGUGUUUGCGUUGUGUCAUCCACAUGGCAAAAAGUAAUUUCUCUUCUUCUGUCAUAUUGAAGUUGCCUUGCCUGGAUACACGUGAGAGAGAUUAUCUGUGGGCAAUCUACUGGAAGCUCAAGCCUAUCUCACAUAACCCGCCGUAUUACUUGUUUGUUACUAUGUUAAAACUAUUCUUAAAGUACUUAUGGGCAUGUACACUAGCAUUCUAUGGGAUUUGA